UUGGUUUUGGUGGCUGCAGAAUCAAGCCUCUGAUAACAACACUGAGAUGAAGGUUCUGCUGUCCCCGUGAAGGCAUCUAGUGCUAUCUGGGACACCUCCAGGGGUCAGAGACAUCUGCAUGAUGCCGGCAGAUCUCCGGCAGAGAAGUUGACGAAGCCAGUCAAGACCAUUUGAAAGCUUGUAAAAUGAGGAAGAAAAUAUUGAGGAAGCAGGUCAGAGCUCAGCACACAUUGAUGAGACAUGAGGGCAUUGAGUGUGUCUCCCAUGCCACACAGAGCUUGGUUGUUGCCAAUGGUGGUCUAGGUAAUGGGAUGAGCAGACACCAGCUACUCAGGAUAGUAGAAGGAUAUGGAUUGGUGGAAACACUCUUAAUGCCACCGAAUAAACCAUAUUCAUUUGUGAAAUAUGAGACAACAGAAGAAGCCAAGAAAGCCUUUGAUGCCCUCAAUGGGAAAGAAGUUGCACUAGAGGACUUCGGCCAAAAUAUUGUUCUAUAUAUUAAUUUUGUGGAAAAAGUUUUUUGGAAGACUGCUGUACCUACAAACUUGCCUCCAGGCCUAACAGUAGUUGAAAAGAUUAUUUCUCCUGAGGAAGAAAGGAGGAUGUUAGAAAUUAUUGACUGGAUAAAAGAUGAAGAUACUCAGAAUGCCCAGAAGACUUUAAAACAUAGAAGAGUAAAACAUUUUGGAUAUGAAUUUUGCUAUGAUAGCAACAAUGUUGAAAAAGAAAAACCUUUACCUGGAGGUCUCCCUGAAAUUUGCAACCUGUUCUUGGAGAAUUGCUUGAAGCAGGGAUAUAUCAGACAUAAACCUGAUCAACUGACUGUGAAUCAGUAUGAACCCGGACAAGGAAUUCCUCCUCAUAUCGAUACACAUUCUGCUUUUGAAGAUGAAAUAAUUUCUCUCAGUUUAGGAGCUCAGAUUGUGAUGGAUUUCAAACACCCCGAUGGCCGUACAGUGGCAAUUAUGCUGCCCCGACGCAGUUUGCUGGUGAUGACUGGAGAAUCCAGAUACCUGUGGACACAUGGGAUUACACCCCGAAAAUAUGAUGUCAUUCAAGCGUCUGAGCUUGGACAGAAGGUUGGAACAAUCACUGCUGAUGUUGGAGAUUUAACAUUAAAUCGAAGGGAAACAAGGACAUCGUUCACAUUCAGGAAAGUGAGGAGAAGCCCUUGCAAUUGCAUUUACCCAUCUGUCUGCGACAGCCAAAAAGGACAGCAAAGACAGGGGCAGCCUUCAUUUCCCCUCAGUGAGAUGGAGGCCUCAAAGCUGGAACAAGAAUAUGUACACAAGGUGUAUGAAGAGAUUGCAGCACACUUCAGCAGUACCAGGCAUAGCCCAUGGCCCCAGAUUGUAGAGUUUCUCAGGUCUUUACCAAAAGGGGCAAUAGUGGCUGAUGUUGGUUGUGGUAAUGGGAAAUAUCUAGGCAUCAACAAGGAUUUGUACAUGGCCAAAAUUAGUUAUGAGAAGGAGCAGAGGCAAAAGCUACUAAAGCAUCUGCGCGGUGAAGAUACAUGGAUGCUUGCUGAUGUGAAUGAACGUGUGGAACAACUGGAAAAGGAACAUUCUGUGCAGAAAAAAAAGAAAAAGGAUAAACAUUCCCGAAAACCUAAGAAAGAAAAGAAGAAAAGCAAAAAACAAAAAUCUGAAAAGAAGGAUGACUUCCUUGAUAGUUCUUCAGAUUCUUCAGUUGAAUGGGUUGAGUCCAAUGUGUCACAGUCCGAUAAUACAGAAAAGGCUUGGAAGGUCAACGAGCACUCGGAUACUACGAAAGAACCUUCCUUAGAGAGAGAAGAGUGGAUGACUUUAGACUUCAUGUCUUUGAAAACCACAUCAGCAUUAUCUGUCAAAGCUGAAAAACAGAAAGAAAAAUUAUUGGAACAACAGAAAGCUCAAGAAAUUGAGCAGGCCAGGCUUGCUGAGAGAGAGCUUAAUCCCUAUUGGAAAGAUGGUGGUACAGGUUUGCCACCAGAGGAAGGUGAAGCAGCUUCAGUUAAGAAAGUUACAGUGGUAGAAGAUGCUGGGCUAAGUUGGUUACGAAAAUCGUACCGAAGGAUGAAGGAACAGGCUGAGCGAGAGAAACGGAAUUUUGAGGAAAUUGUAGCUGAGAGAUAUGGGUCAAUGGAGAUAUUUCAGUCACGAUUAGAAGAAGCUGAAAAAGUUGCAUCCAAAAAAGAAAAUUAUUACAGACAAGGAAGAUGGAGGAAAUCUGACUAUUCAGAAAGUGGGCAAGAGAAGAAGGAGCAGCAUGUGAAGAAGGAGACGCACGAUGAAGAUGAUAGAAAUAAGAUGAUGUUCAGAGCGUAUACUGGGGAGAAGUAUGGCAAGGGAUGGGUGCAAGAAAAUAGAGGUUGCAAACGAGAUAGAUCAAGAGAACUCCAAGACCCUGACCUCAGUAGCCCAGACUCAGAGUUGAGAAGCUACCGCUCCAAAGCAGAAAAACUCUCUGAUGAAAAACAAAGUCUAGAAAAGAGCUCAUCUCUAAGCAACAUGAAACACAAAUUUUUGAAACCCUCUGAAGACGACUUAUCAUCUUAUAGUUUGCAUAAUGACUGUGAAUCACAACAGUCCUCUUUAAAACUGCCAAUUCAUAGCUCUUUGAGCAGCCGUUUCCAAAAACCUGGUGAGGAUACUGCACUGUGGACCAAAACGCACGCAAAAGAUAACGAUGAGAAAUUAAUGUCUGAUCAAAAGUCAGCAGGUGCUAUGGACCAAGUUAAUAAGAGUUGGGAUAGAACUGCAAGUGAUGGAAAAGAAAAAUCACAACAGCAGUACCCAGAAAAUACCCCUGAGAAGAAAGAAACGUUAUCAAACAAUAAAACAUCAUGUUCUAGGCAUGUGUCAAAGGAUGAGAUGUCUCAGGUCCUUAGUGAAGAGGAGAUGAACAAACUUGGAGCCAGGAUUGUGAAAGCAGAACUCAUGGGAAACAUGGAGUUGGCUUCAGAACUUCAAGCAGAGCUUGAGAAUGCACGCAAGUUAAGGGAGAAUCAAAACCAGGUUCCAGCAAAGCCUGGCAGAGAGGCUUCAAGCCUUCAGGAAGCUGAACAAGUGGUCCUUGUCAGAACAGAUCACGCUGGAAGGGCAUGGCCUGUGACCACACCAGCGGAACCACUGGAGCCAAAAGGAGGAAGAAGAAAGCGACAGGCGGUCACUACGCAUAUGGAUAAAGAAAGAGUCAGGUAUUUUCAGGAUGAUGAUCAUAUGAGCCUGAAGGAUUUAGUCAAAAAUGAGAAGAUGAGAACAGCAGAGGAUCAGAACACGCUAUUCAUGCGUAUGGCAUCGAAGCUUAUGGAAAAAACUGACAGAGAGUAUUACACUCUGGAUGACAUGUUUGUUUCCCAAGCAGCAAAAGGAGAGCGUAGUGGGGAAGAGGACGAAAGACAAAGAAGAAAAGCAAUACAUGAGCACCAGCAGCUUGCUGCAUACAUGGAAAAGUGUCCAUAUUGCUUUGAUAGUAGUGAACUUUCUAAACAUCUUAUUAUUGCAAUUGGCACCAAGGUAUAUUUGUCUCUACCAAGCAACCAAUCCCUUACUGAAGGCCACUGCCUGAUAGCCCCUUUACAGCACCAUACUGCAGCCACUCUUUUGGACGAAGACAUCUGGGAAGAAAUCCAGAUGUUCAGAAAGGCUUUGGUGAAGAUGUUUGAAGCUAAGGAACUGGACUGUGUCUUCCUAGAAACAAAUAUGAGUAUGAAGAAGCGGUGUCACAUGGUAUAUGAAUGCAUUCCUCUUCCAAGAGAAGUAGGAGAUAUGGCUCCAAUUUAUUUUAAGAAAGCUAUAAUGGAAUCCGAUGAAGAGUGGUCCAUGAACAAGAAGUUAAUUGAUCUUUCUUCAAAAGAUGUUCGGAAAUCUGUUCCUAAAGGAUUGCCAUACUUUUCAGUGGACUUUGGUCUUCAAGGAGGAUUUGCUCAUGUCAUUGAAGAUCAACACAAGUUCCCUCAUUAUUUUGGAAAGGAAAUCAUUGGUGGCAUGCUGGACUUGGAACCGAGGCUCUGGAGAAAAGGAAUCAGGCAGAACUUUGAGGAUCAGAGAAAGAAAGUGUUGCAGUUUGCACAGUGGUGGAAACCAUAUGACUUUACCAAAAGUAAAGAAUGAGUACAUCCAGUAAUUGACUGGGUGAGGACUGAAAGCAAAAGCUGUCAAGGACUCCAUAAGCCAUACUUUAUUUUAAAGGAUAUUUCCUGUGUUAAGUAUAACACCAGUGUGUUAAGUAUUGCUAGUAAGUAUUUUAAAAGCUAAGAAUAUUGUUUAAUUGCUGAUUAUCUGUUUCUGGUUUCUGCAAGCUUGACAAAUUAGAAGUGUAUGGCUUGUGUUUUAUUUUCAACUGAGCCAAAAGACCAGUGUCCGUUUGGCUAUUGGAAUUCUUUAAAAUGCCCUUCUGCUUUUGGAACUUUUAAAAUCUUUGCAAAUUAGUUUUUUCUUGUAUUUAACACGGAGUUAUUGCUUACUUAUUGCAAUGACAUUUUGUAGAAAAUGGUGUAAAUUUUAAGAAUAUUUUAAUUAAUGUAUUGUUGCAGAAGGAAGCCUUUAUAGAAAAUCAUUUUCUGUUUUUGCAUUCUUGUGGUGUUUUUUUAAGUUGAGGUCAUUACAGCAAUAUAAACCUUCAAAUGUGACAUGGUUGAUAAAUCUUCUGCUGGCCCCCUGCACAAGAUUUGAUGUAGUUUUCUAUACUUUCUUUUAAUAUGAAGUUUUAUUUUCAAACUGAGUUGUUGCACAAAGGAUAAUGAGACAGACUUACAUGCACAAAGAUUUUUUUCACAAGGUCCACAGCUGAUGGCAAACAUGAACUUUAAUGGUGAAAGUUAUUUUUGAUGAAAAUAAAAAAAAAAUGAAAGGGGGAGGGCAGAGGGAGCUUAAAGGAAAAGCACUCCCUAGUGGCCACCCAGGAAGAGAAUCAUCACGGGGAUCUCCCCAGAUUAGUGUUCUCCCUUGGUUGUCCUCUCCAGUGCGGGAGGUGGUCCCCCAUAAUACUUUUCCAGUAGUAAAUAUAUAGUUUUUAUUGGGACCCACUCAAACUCCCAAGUGGUUGCUCCUGCUUAUGGUAGCAGUAGUGCUGACUGGAACACACUUUGACCAGGGGCAGGUUUUUCACGCUAGUUGGUUGUUAAGCAUUAUGCAUGGAUAUCACUGGGAAAUGCUUGUCAGCUGUCUGAAUGACUAUUAUCUACCAUAUUAUUCACGAGGUCUUGUUCUUCCUCUUGUGUAAAAGCUACAAAAGAGAGGGUAGGAAAGGGUGAGGGGAAGAAAGGGUGGUUUUUGCACCAGAGGCAAUCACUUCCUACGGGAAAUAUGACAAAGCAAAUCCCAGGCUUUGCAAGUGCAGAACUGGGAGAACAGGACCAGAAAAAGGACAAGGGCAGAAAUAUAUGCAAAAUGUCCUCCAGGUACAUUAGGGAAAGGGUGCAAACUUGCAAGCAAAAGACUGCAGUGUUUUGGGGAAAGGCUUCAGAACGGCAAAUGGAAGGCCUUUAGAUUUUACAAGGGUUAAGACACUGUGCAAUGUUGUCACAACGAGCUUCCAGCUUUUUUCCUACUGAGCCAUCUGCCUGCACAGCUCUGCCAAUUGUGAACUCAAAUCAAGAGAUGGAUCACUAAAUAUAGGGUUGAAAAAGUGUUAAUUUCUUGUCCCAUAGUAUUCUGCAACUUCCUUGAAGAGCUAGGCCAUUUUUCUGUCAUACCUGAAGCUUUUUUUUCCCCCUCCUUUCUGCCCAAUAGGUCUAGUGCAGGUAGAAAUCUACUGUGUUGUGAAUUAUUUUCUGCUGGAUCUUUGUAAAUCUGUUUCACUGCUAGGAAAAUAACUUAAAAUUAAGCUGCCAUGAUCAUUUUAGUGAUUUAAUGUCUGUUUCAUACUGUAUGCAAGCCAAAGGUAUAAGGGCCAGUUCCACUAUUCUGCAGUUGAUUGUGAUUUUUAAGCUACUACAGCAAAUAGGUUAUGAAAUAGUAGCUGCAUUGCUUAGAACGUGGUAAAGCCAAAGCAAAUUUAGGUCAAGUGCAACCUUUGUUACUAUAAAGCAUGACUAAAGAUUGCAUUUCGUCUGAAAGCGUGUGUUGCCUUUGGUCUCAUCCGCUGCCUUGGAGGAUAGCCACAAAGCGGCAGAAGUAAUUGUCUGUACGGGCAUGGAAAAAUCUUUUCCUAGCACUGUACUGGGGGUAUGUUUUUUCUAAAUAAUGUCACUUCUGCCCAAUAUCUGCCUUUCUCAAGGGAAAAUGUGUGUUUAACAAAGUGUGUUUAACAAAUGUGUGUUUAACCUGUACAUAGAAAAGUCUUCCUCCUUGA